AACCAGAAGAAAGUCGUCUUCUUCUUCUUCGAUCAAUAAAACAAAACAAAACAAAACAAAAUUCCUCUUUCUUAGGGCUUUGGCCAAGCAAUUUGAUAAUUAAUAGAUGUCGCAAUAAAUUCCAAACUCCCACGCCGUUUGGGAAAUAUUAUCGUCGGAUUCCUCCCCAAGUUUUCACUUUCUUUUCAUUUCCUUUAGGAGCAGGAAGGAAUCCCAAAUCCAAACCAAACCUAACCAAAUCAAUCGUCCUGUAGAACCCAAAGAUCCAUGGAGUCUCUCUGUAUAUAACUUCAUUGCUAUCCGCUUGUCUUCUCCGUCACUUCACGUCUCUUUGCUCUCGAUUCCUUCGAUUCUGUGUGUCCCGUUCAACUCAUUCCGAGCUUUGAUUAGGUUCUGAUUAUAGUUACAUAGAUUGUUGGGACUGAGGUAAACCGUGGCUAUGGCGAGUCAAAAGCCCCAGAGAUCUCCGGCGGAGAUCGAAGACAUCAUUCUCAGGAAGAUCUUUCUGGUGAAGCUGGUAGAUUCUAUGGAGACCGAUUCCAGAGUAGUGUACUUGGAGAUGACGGCGGCCGAAAUUCUCAGCGAGGGGAAUGAUUUGAGACUGUCCAGGGACUUGAUGGAGAGGGUUUUGAUUGAUCGCCUUUCGGGUGGGAUUCCGUCGGCCGAACCCCCGUUUCAGUAUCUGGUUGGGUGUUUUCACCGCGCGUAUGAUGAGGGGAAAAAGAUUGCUAAUAUGAAGGACAAGGCUGUGAAGUCGGAGAUGGAGUCGGUCGUUAAGCAAGCGAAGAAACUGGCAGUGUCGUAUUGUAGGAUUCACUUGGGAAAUCCUGAAUUGUUUCCCAGUUUGGCGACUGAUAAGUCAAAUGCGUCGCCAUUGUUGCCCUUGAUUUUGUCAGAAGUUUCGAGCUCGUUGGAUGGGUUUGGAGGGGGUGGGAGCAGUGGAGGGGUUGUGGCUCCUCCGGGGUUUCUUGAAGAGUUCUUUCGGGAUUCGGAUUUUGAUACUCUGGACCCCAUUUUGCGGCAGUUGUAUGAAGAUUUGAGGGGGAGUGUACUGAAGGUGUCUGCUCUGGGGAAUUUCCAGCAGCCUUUGAGGGCUUUAUUGUUUUUGGUUGGUUUUUCCAUUGGUGCCAAGUCUCUGGUGAACCACCCUUGGUGGAUUCCAAAGGGUGCCUAUUUGAAUGGCCGGGUUAUUGAGAUGACCAGCAUUUUGGGGCCCUUCUUUCACGUUAGCGCUCUUCCUGAUCAUACCAUCUUCAAAACUCAGCCUGAUGUUGGCCAGCAGUGCUUCUCUGAAGCAUCAACCCGUCGUCCAGCAGAUUUAUUAUCUUCAUUCACUACAAUCAAAACUGUCAUGAAUAAUCUGUAUGAUGGCCUGGCUGAAGUUCUUUUAUGUCUCCUGAAAAAUGCUGAAACUCGUGAAAAUGUUCUUGAGUAUCUUGGAGAGGUGAUAAAUAGAAACUCAUCGAGAGCACAUAUACAGGUUGAUCCGAUAUCUUGUGCAAGUUCAGGCAUGUUUGUCAAUCUUAGUGCUGUUAUGCUCCGUCUCUCUGACCCCUUUUUAGAUGCAAAUUUAACAAAGAGGGACAAAAUUGAUCCUAAAUAUGUAUUUUACAGUUCUCGUUUGGAUUUAAGAGGAUUAACUGCUAUGCAUGCGUCAUCAGAAGAAGUUACUGAAUGGUUAAAUAAAGAAAAUCCUGGGGCAACUGAUGCCUCUAAGCAAAAUGAUGGAGAAAAUCGGUUUCUACAGUCUCAAGAAGCCACCAGUUCUGGGAGUAAUAUCAGUGUUCCUUCUCUGCUCCAGAACAAACCCAUGUCUGCUUGUAGUGCGAGACCUAAAUACACAUUUAUUUGCGAGUGUUUCUUUAUGACUGCAAGGGUGCUGAACUUGGGUCUGUUGAAAGCAUUUUCUGACUUCAAGCAUCUAGUCCAGGAUAUUUCGAGAUGUGAAGAUACACUCUCCACUUACAAAGCCAUGCAGGGGCAAUCACCUUCCCCCCAACUGGAGUCGGAUAUAGCUCGGUUGGAGAAAGAAAUUGAGUUAUAUUCACAGGAAAAGCUGUGUUAUGAAGCUCAGAUUCUAAGGGAUGGAGAACUUCUUCAGCUUGCACUAUCUUUCUACCGGCUAAUGAUUGUUUGGUUGGUUGGUCUUGUGGGUGGUUUUAAAAUGCCUCUACCUUCAGAUUGCCCAAUGGAAUUUGCAUGCAUGCCAGAGCACUUCCUGGAAGAUGCCAUGGAAUUGCUUAUUUUUGCCUCUCGGAUUCCUAAAGCUUUAGAUGGUGUUCUUCUGGAUGAUUUUAUGAACUUUAUUAUCAUGUUCAUGGCAAGUCCAAGUUACAUAAGAAAUCCAUAUCUAAGAGCAAAGAUGGUUGAAGUACUGAAUUGCUGGAUGCCCCGUAGAAGUGGUUCAUCUGCCACGGCUACUCUAUUUGAAGGCCAUCAGUUGUCUAUGGAGUAUCUUGUAAGGAAUCUACUGAAGCUUUAUGUGGACAUUGAGUUCACU